AGCAUUUUCAGCGGAGCUCGUUCACACUUGGCCAACAAUCCAAGGGCGAUAAUCCUGUUGCUCUAUUCGUGACUGUGAGAGUAUUGUAACGUCACUGUGAGCAGUUUUAAAGUUGUAUCAGUUGUGUCAGCUUGAUGUGGGAAGAAACCAGGAAGUGAUGCAGGCCUUAGAUGUUUAACGUUUUCGUUACACACACGAUCUCAGAUAUGCAGGCAGGGACUUCUAAUUGUGGGCGUAAUAGAGGUGGAGGAACAGGAAUUCAAAUUUGGGAGAAAGAAGCAUGAAGCCGUGUCAUCCCUUUUGUCGUCUGAUUUUCAUUACCUUUCUCCCUGGAAUCACAGGGGCAAGACUGACCACAUCACCAACACAUAUAACUAUUGGGGGAAGUAACCCAACAUCUCAGCUGACUGUACGUUGUAGUCCAGAUGUACCUGGGAUAACACUAGUGUAUAACAUAGAGAUUGGCAAGAAAUCUUCUACUGGUUCUAAUCAGCCUGUAAUACGAAUGGGCAGCACAGAUCCGUCAGUACAAGUAGUGGACACAGGUCUACAACAGCGGAUGACAGCCUCAGGUUCUAUUACGGGCGCAACAGGCAGCAUACAGUUCAUCCUGACAGAUCUGAGAUGUACUGAUGCUGCUUCUACAUACUAUUGUUUCACCCUAUACAAGGCGGGAUCAUCUGGAAGUGAUGCGACAACCACCAACAUCGCAGCUAGAACUUACCCAGAGCAAUUAGAGAUGUUCCCCACUCCCGACAGGGGCAGUUAUGACAAUGGUCAGCUGAUCUCAUUCAGAUGCACUGGGAGGAUCGGGAACCAAUUUAAUGAGAACAAUCUCCAGAGCCUGUGGACAUGGGAGUGGCGAUCUAUAGACAACGAGUUCACCUCCUGGACACGAUAUCCAAACGACCAAAACAUCACCUAUGAGACUCCUACUCCCGUGUCUGUGUCAGGGGGGUGUCAGUAUAACGGGGCGUCAACACUGCUUCAUACAGUCUCAAAUCUAGACAGUGGGAGACAGUUCAGGUGCUCAGUCAUUAGUGAAGACUACAGUGACAACAAAACAGUUCUUGUUAUUGGUCAACAACCGCCAGGGCCAACAUCUCGUCCCGAAACGUCUACCACAGCGAUAUGUAUACAAAACAGCCAGGAAUCCUCGCUUGGUGGUGGAGUGGCUAUAGGUGUCUGUGUGAUGCUGGUCGUGGAUGCCAUCUGUCUGGGUUUGGCUUUCCUCUUCAGGGACGAAAUAGCAAACUGCAUAUCGGGUGCCAAGAAAACCACUAAUACAGAAAUAUCAGUAUUGUCCAAGAACAGAAAUUCACUUUUUGCAGAAAGAAGCAUGACGCCUUGUCAUACCUUUUGUUGUCUGAUUUUCAUGACCUUUCUCCCUGGAAUCACAGGGGCAAGACUGAACACAUCACCAGCACAAAUAACUAUUGGGGGAAGUAGCCCAACAUCCCAACUGACUGUAAGGUGUAGUCCAGAUGCACCUUGGAUAACACAAGUGUUUAACAUACAGAUUGGCAAGAAAUAUACUACUACUGAUCCUGAUCAGCUUAUAAUACAAGUAAGCAGUGGAGAUUCGUCAGUAACAGUUGUGGACACAAGUCUACAACAGCGGAUGACAGCCUCAGGUUCUAUUACUGGAGCAACAGGCAGCAUACAGUUCAUCCUGACAGAUCUGAGAUGUACUGAUGCUGCUUCUACAUACUACUGUAAAACAUCAUACUUGGCAGGGUCAGCUGGAAGUGGAAAUGAUGAGGGAACUGCCAACAUCACAGCCAGAACUUACCCAGAGCAAAUGGAGAUGUUCCCCACUCCCGACAGGGUCAGUUAUGACAAUGGUCAGAUGAUCUCAUUCAGAUGCACUGGGAGGAUCGGGAACCAGUUUGAUGACAACAAUCUCUUGAACCUGUGGACAUGGGAGUUCACCUCCUGGACACGAUAUCCAAACGACCAAAACAUCACUUACGACCCUCCUACUCCCGUGUCUGGGUCAGGGGGGUGUCAGUAUACAGGGGCGUCAACACUGGUUCAUACAGUCUCGGAUCUAGACAAUGGGAGACAGUUCAGAUGUUUUGUCCUUAGUGGAGACAAGAGUGACAACAAGACAGUUCUUGUUAUUGGUCAACAACCUCUAGAGCCAACAUCACGUCCCGAAACGUCUACAACAGCUUACCCAGAGCAAAUAGAGAUGUUCCCCACUCCCGACAGAGUCAGUUAUGACAAUGGUCAGCUGAUCUCAUUCAGAUGCACUGGGAGGAUUGGGAACCAGUUUAAUGUGAACAAUCUCCAGAACCUGUGGACAUGGGAGUGGCGAUUUAUAGACAACGAUUUCGCCUCCUGGACACGAUAUCCAAACGACCAAAACAUCACCUACGACCCUCCUUCUCCCGUGUCUGUGUCAGGGGGAUGCCAGAACAACGGGGCGUCAACACUGCUUCAUACAGUCUCGAAUCUAGACAAUGGGAGACAAUUCAGGUGUUCUGUCAUUAGUGAAGACUACAGUGACAACAAGACAGUUCUUGUUAUUGGUCAACAACCGCCAGGGCCAACAUCACGUCCCGAAACGUCUACAACAGGUCAACAACCGCCAGGGCCAACAUCACGUCCCGAAACGUCUACAACAGGGGAUGACUCUCUUGGUGUUGGAGUGGCUAUAGGUGUUGGUGUAAUGUUGGUCGUGAUCGUUAUCUGUCUGUGUCUGACCUUCAUCUAUAGGAACACAGUGGCUGGGUGGCUGUUAGGAGCCAAGAAAACAAGUAAUACAGAAACGCCAGUAAUGUCCAACAUACAGACCCCUGCCACAGCGGUCGCACCUGUCGGAAUGCAAACACAAGGCGAUGAGUACGAAAUUCCUGUGGACAGGAAUCACUACAAUGCCCUUCAAACAGAGACUGCUGACAUUCCCAACACGUAUGAAAAUACGAACAUACCAGAAUAUGUGAAAUGAGGAGGCAGCGAAGAACAGCUACCACGUGAAAUUCCGAUGCAAUGUCGACGCUGAUUGGACAUUUGCUCAGACAUGAAAAUUCAUCGGAAGGAUUUUUUAGUUUGGAAAAUAUCAAACGAGUCUUAGUUAAUCAUUCUGUAUUUGCCGAGCCUUUGGCGAGGUUGAUAUUUCCCAUUUUAACAAACACGAGUCAUGAGUUACAUUUAUCAUUCUCACAUUAUUCAAGAAAUAAAUGCA